AUGCGGGCUAAGUACUUUACAGACCUCCCCACGAUGCCCGGAUACGCUGAUGCUUCAUCUGAUGUCGUCAGAGGGUCAGCGUUGAACAUCAUGCGCGGCAGUGGCGUUCAGGACAUUCACAGAGGUGGUGAACGCGGACUAUCACUGUUGUCAACAUUCGGAGCCGGAGGUUCAUUGGAAGUUAUCAUUCGGGGUAUGGGAGUUCAGAUCUGCACACAGGUACGCCAAUGCAAAGUGGGCGAGGAUUGGUGGCACAGGCUCUCCUGA